AUGGACCCAGCACCACCCAAUGACAAGCGCAACAUCUUCCCGUUCUUCAGGCUUCCGCGUGAACUAAGAGAUGGCAUCUACGAAUGUGUUGAGGCUCGUACUGAGAGUUCUAACGUGCCCAUCACCUCGAGCUUGUGUUGCCACUUGCGCCUUGAAGGAGGUCUUUGCACCAACCUGCUUCUGGUCAGCAAGCAAUUCGCUGCCGAAUACAAGGAGAGGGGAAGCGCACGCAUCAAGCUCACCACAUGUGAGUUCAUUUCUCGCUCCGGGCAGAAGCGAGCAGACAUCCCACCAGUCGUGAAGAAUGUUCACGCCACCUCUCUGAAGCUGGAAGCUUACGGAGACGUCCUCAUCGCUCACCUCAAGGGAAGCACAAAUUUCGUGAGGGAGUACAUUACGGAGAUCGGAACCACGACAACCACAAUAUAG